GAAGUGUGCGAGUGGAAAAAACAACAACUUCGGACUCAACUUUCUCAUGGAAAAACGCGUGAUAGACCGUAAAUACUGUUUACGACUGUCUGUAAGGUGAACGUACGAUUAACUCAGGACCCUGACAUUUCUUUUCCGAUUGCAGUACGCUAAAACGAGAGUCGUGGAAGAUGGGUGGAAACCAGUCAAUGGAAAAGGCCAGGAAGGACGUGAUCAUGAACUCACAGGCUGCCCAGUUUGUACAAGACAAGGUCAAGGACAACUGCGUGACUGUGUUCUCCAAAUCUUCGUGUCCGUACUGCAAAAUUGCCAAGAGAUGCCUGGAUGACGUCGGUGCCAAAUACGAGUCGGUUGAGUUAAGCGACAGAGAGGACAUGUCAGAUAUACAAGAUGUACUCCAAGCUAUGACUGGGGAGAGAACAGUACCACAAGUUUUCAUCAACGGCAGCUGUAUAGGAGGGGGAGCCACAACCAAGAUGCUACACCAAGAGGGGAGGCUACGCAACCUGGUCCAGGAAUGUGGAGGAAUAAGACAAGAUGGAGAAUAGGUCUUACUGUUUCGUCUCAAAUCCAUGCCCCAAUGUUGUGGUAGUGAUGACCUGAUGAUUCUUUAGGUUUUAUUGUGAUAUCCAUUUGCCUGUACUCAGGGAAAAAGUUUUGCAGCCAGCUGUUCAAAAACCUUUGCUAUGAAGCAAUCCAAAUGCAGGAUUCCAAAUGGAAUGCUAAAAAGCCAUUAUUGCAUCUCCGGUGAAAUGUUGUAUUUUCAAGCCCUGAGAAAUUUUGAGAAAUGAUGAAAGGAAUGAAAGUCUUCUUCUCUUCUCGGGUCACCAUUUCAGUCUGCAAUAGGGCUGGGUAUCGGUACAGCGUACCGGUACAAAACCGGUUUUUCUUAUUGG